GCUAGUUUCGUCGAGCAUGGGUUGGUCAAACCUAGCCUUGCUGGUCGCGCGAACCAAGCAGCUGGGUUUUGAUGAACCUAGGAAGGCUUGGUUCGCAUGACCAGCAGGGUCGGAUUCGCGCAACCAAGACCAACAAGAUUGGGUUUGUUCGACCAGGACCAGCAAGCGAGAACAGCAAGGAGAUCGGAUUUCAGCAAGCGAGAAACAUUGGAUCGGAUGAAAUGAUCGAGACGGACGGGAUUGGAUCGAUCGGAGCGGAUUUCAUGUUCGUGUUUUGCGAAAGAGUUACGGAAAAGGAAGGUAAUCAGUGGCAGCUGGGAGAUUUCGAAGGGUUUGGAGGAAUUUCUGCGCAAAAGUUUUGAAGUGAGAUGCAACAUAGAAAGCAAUGCUCGACGAACCCAGCUACCCAACUCGUCAGGACCCAAUCAAUCUGCAUAGGAAAGAAAGAAAGAGAAAGAAAGAAGGGGAAGAAGAGGGAUUGGGAGGUGAGGGUCAUACUGUCAUUUUAUUUUUUAAUUAAAAUAUAAAUGUUUAU